ACACGCGUCUUCAUAACAAAAUGGAAAAUGGAAAAGUUUGGUAUUUCAAGUAGCUGCAAAAGAUCUAAAAGCACAUCGUCUGGAUGUCAAAGAACAGAAUGUAUCUGCCGCAAACUUAUGGAAUCUAUUCAUAUUUCUGAUAUCAAGCACACGAAAAUCCCAGGAAAUGUUUAUUGUAGCAGAAAAAUGCCAACAGCGAAACAAAUAUUGACCAAGUUAAAUGGAGAUUACCACCAAAACCCAAAGCUUUUGUUUGAUGGAGCACGGGUAAGCGCAUAUGAUAGGGGAUUAGAUGGGAAAUGUUUCAACAUGGUCCCUAAACAUAUUCCCCAAAAAGGGAUGUUUAGCUUUCCCUCUGUCGAAUCUUUGUCGGGCGAAUCAACGACCUCGAGCGAGUCAGAUGGAGGCCCAUCUUCUUCUUGUUUGUCAUCCUCAUCGUCGUUUUUGUCUUCUUCGAGUGCUGAUGAUGACUUAAUGUAUGGCGGAAAUGGUUUAUCUGGUACUUGUUCCGAGGAUGGAAAUCAUGAGAUCGUGUCCAAUGGAUCCGAUUCGGAAGACAAGUUUGAUUUGUCGUCCUUAAAUAAUUCAGAAGGGGAAGACACUGAUGCCUUUGUCCGGCAUGUGUCGACACCGCAAUGCCAGAAUCUCACCAAUCCUGCACAGUUGGCCAAAUUAAAAAAGUACAAGAAACUCGGAGAAACUGUUAAUUCCACAUACUUGAAUAAAUAUGAAGUAGGCAAAUACGCUUCUGUUGGUGGUCAUUUAGAAACAUCUGGCAAAAACUUGAAAGAGAACAUUGACAAAAACGAUAAAAAAUUCUCUGUCUAUCGCUUGUGUACAUCUCGCUCGGGAGGCUCAACUUCUCAGCGCAUGUGCAAAUCUUUAAAAACAGUUACAAAGAGAAAUAAAAACUGCAAGUAUUUCAAAAUCACCAAAGUAGAAUCCGAUAGUUCUUGGGAAGAUCUGACGUCCCGUCGUGGUUAUAACAGUCUCUCUGACUACAAAGGGGCGAUGUCAUUUAGUCAUGACUACAACAGUCUGUUAGAUUACAAAGCAGAGACCGAGCUUCUGGAUAAGGUUGGUUUGAAUUUAUUUACGAAGGAAAUGAUCGGGAUAUCAAAGAAAUACAGAAUCUUAGAAAGCCAAAAGGAGAAUGAACAUUUAGGAAAUAUGCAAGAUAUCCAAGGUGAAAGAUAUCAUGAUGAUUUUUCAAAUAAUCCUGGAAGAUAUCAGACACUGAAGGAACUAGAGGAUAACAUCAACAACAAUGCAAAUCAAGAUGACGCGCGCAAAAACCAUCCCCCGCAGAUGGAAGAGAGGAAGAAUAAAUAUUCUUUAAGUUCUGGAAAUUUGGUGGAAGAGAUGCAAAGGAAAAGUCAAAACGAAUUGAAACAUCGCCUGGUUCAACUCAUUAAAGAACAAGACAAAAUGCUGCGAGAAUUUGAUUUCGUGGAAACGAUGAAAGGAAGAGCGGCCAGAGGAAGGAGUUGCGUCGCUCUCGACAAUACGCAGUGGAAGUUGGAAAUGAAAGCAGUCGAAAACGACUACAAGAUGAGAGUUGAUGGUAUUGUCAAUGAUCUAAAGGCGUCAAUGAAGGGUGAAAGGGGUUCCUCAACAGGUUCAGUGAAAAAUAAAGACAUCCAAGAGGAACCGCAAAAAGGAGUGAACAAUAACGCUGAUAGCAGACGAGCCGAGCAGAGAGAAGAGUCGCAUGGGUUCUUUAGAAGUUUGUUUAGACGAAAGCCUGAUUCCACCAACCGGGAAGAAAGUGCUAAUGAGCAUGCGCCAUCUGGAUUCAGCCUCCGGAAAUUGUUUAGGCGUACUCGAAAAGUUAAAGAUAACGGUAGUUCGAAACAAGAGCGCACUGAACAAGAUCAAGAAGAAAAGAACGAACCCAAGUACGAAAUUUUCAAUGAAAAAUAUAUGUCAAACUCCCUACAGAAGCUGAAAAGGAUCCUCAAAAACAUGCUGCUUGAUUUUUCAAACGCAAGUGAUGUGGAUUUUCUGCUGGAGGAAGCCAAACUAUUGGCUGGUGUCUCUGAUGAAAUGGAGUCCGUUUGUAAUAAGGAAAUCGCAAGAAUUGAGACGAAGUUUCGAAGAAAAUUUGAGAAGAGGCUAAAAACCAAAAUCUGCAAAGAAAAUGAAAAUUAUCAAGAUGAAAAAAUUGAGGAGAAUGUUAUUCUGGAUGAAUCUGAGCCUGGGGUGUCACAUCAAUGGCGAAAACUCUAGUUUCAUUUCGACGUUGUGAACAGAAUAAUUCGUAAUAUUAUAUAAGCAGUACAUAAUUAUAUCAUUAAUGGCUCUAUCCGAUAUUUUUCCCAACAGUGCAAAUUUUCCCAAAAUUCAAAAUUUUAUGUAUUUAUAUCCAGUCUGGCAUAGGGGAAAAGAUAAUAUUAGGUAGUAAACAAAUUCUCUAUCAGGUCUAAUUUAAAAUCAAAGAUGUUAUUUGCUUAUAUAAUGAUACAUCAUUUUGUAAAGUAAAAUUCUAUA